CACACACGUAUAUAGUACCUUAGCUAUAUAUCCGCCUUAAAUUAAUUGCCACUUAUUAAUUUCACAGUACAAACAGUAAUCCCCCUACAGCCACCACCCAACUUAACGCAAGAUCAGAUCAGAGAAUUGAAGUUCAAACACUAGAGACAUGGAUGUUUCUACUACUGCAGGAGGAGUCGAAAUGUUAAAAAGGGAUAUUCCACCAGCUCACUUCAUAUUUAUGAUACGUUCAUUUUCGUUACUCUCUGAAACAGGAAAUGAGAAACAUGAAUCUGGAGUUUUCCAGGCCUGUGAUAAAAAAUGGAGGUUAUGUGUUUAUCCCAAGGGAAAGAAGAAGCAGCAGGCAGAUAAUGGAGAUAAUGGAGAUGGUCAUAUCUCCCUCUACUUACAAAUUGUUGAUACUCAUAAUUUUUCUCCAGGAUGGGAAGUUUACGCUAAGUUUAGUCUCUUUGUUUAUGAUCAUGUUCAAGAUAAAUAUUUGACAGUCAAAGAUGCUGGAGGAAAAGUGAGGCGGUUUCACUAUAUGAAAACUGAAUGGGGAUUCGAUCAGCUACUCCCUUUGUCCAUUUUCAACGAUCCCUCCAAUGGAUAUCUGGUUGAUGACACAUGUGCAUUUGGAGCUGAGAUUGUUGUGGUUUCCAAUGCUACAAAACGCGAGUGUCUUUCGUUGGUGAAAGAUCCAAAAAAGAACACAUACACUUGGAGAAUAAGCAACUUCGCAUCAAAAAAGACCCAACAGUUUAUUUACUCUGAUGAGUUCACCAUUGAAGGAAGCACAUGGAAGUUGAAGGUCUUUCCCAGAGGAGAUUCAAGUGCGAAGGGCAAAUAUUUGUCCUUCUUUCUGGAGUCGGCUGAUUCAUCAAAUCUUACAGUUAAUGAUAGAAAAUUAUAUGCCAAGUAUAAGUUACGAAUCUGCAAUCAAUUGGACCAAAGAGAAGACCAGGAAAAGGAAGCGACAUGUUUUUUUGGUGGGUCUCCUGCGGUCACCAGAUGGGGCUAUUACUACUUUAUGCUCCUUAACCAAUUGGAGAGUGCUGCAAAAGGUUUCCUACUUAAUGAUACCCUAAUUCUGGAGGUUGAAUUUAUGUUUUUGACUAAGUUCUCAGAGUUUUAGCUACAAUUUCUGGAUUAUGUAAUAUGAUUUUAUUUAACACUGUUACUGUACUUGAAAUUAUUGACAAUCA